AUGAUCCCAGCUUUGCAGACGCCGUCACCCCAGAACUUCCUGCGCUGCCCAACCAUGGUCAACCCUACCGUGUUCUUUGACAUCGCCAUCGACGGCGAGCCCUUGGGCCGUGUCGAGCCCUUGGGCCGCGUCUCCUUCGAGCUGUUUGCAGACAAAGUUCCAAAGACAGCAGAAAACUUUCGUGCUCUGAGCACUGGGGAGAAAGGCUUUGGUUAUAAAGGUUCCUGCUUUCACAGAAUAAUUCCGGGAUUUAUGUGGCAGGGUGGUGACUUCACACGCCAUAAUGGCACUGGUGGCAAGUCCAUCUAUGGGGAGAAAUUUGAUGAUGAGAAUUUCCUCCUGAAGCAUACGGGUCCUGGCAUCUUUUCCAUGGUAAAUGCUGGCCCCAACACAAACGGUUCCCAGUUUUUCAUCUGCACUGCCAAGACUGAGUGCUUGGAUGGCAAGCAUGUGGUCUUUGGCAAGGUGAAAAAGGGCAUGAAUAUUGUGGAAGCCAUGGAGCGCUUUGGGUCCAGGAAUGGCAAGACCAGCAAGAAGAUCACCAUUGCUGACUGUGGACAAAUCUAAUAAUAAAUUUGACUUGUGUUUUAUCUUAA